GAGUGUACUCAUCAACACUGACACAACAACAGCUCGCAAUGGUUGCCCGAUGGGUCUAGUGCCAGCGCUUGAGGAAUCGCAGGCCGCUCAAGCGCUUUUCGAAUAGCCAUGGCGAUGAUGCGGACCAGGACCAAAAGCCGAGGUAUGUGCCUCUGCCUUCUCGGGGUCGCAUUGGCGCUGCUCGUGCAGCCGAGCACGGACUUUGCUCGAGGAGUUCCUGGGCUGAAGGACAGCAUAUUGGCAAAACGGCGCCCGUUGCAUGCCGGAGUCGCUCGGCGCGCCGGGGCUGCGCAAGAGGACCGGCGCGAUCUCGAGGAGGCGGCGGACCAGAGAAUGCGGGCCGAGUUCGUGGAAGAGGACCUGCUCCUGGCGCGGCAGCAGCUGCAACUUGCUCUGGCGCAGCAAGAGACGGCCCAGGCGCAGGUCAAGACGGCCCAGGCGCGGGCGGAGGAAUCGGGCGAUGCGAAAAAGGUGCAGGCGGCGGAGAGGAAGGUGGAGAGGGCGAAGAAGGAGGUCCAGGAGGCGAAGAAGGAGGUGGAGAAGGCGGAAAGGAAGGUGGAGAGGGCGAAGAAGGAGGUCCAGGAGGCGAAGAAGGAGGUCCAGGAGGCGAAGAAGGAGGAUUCUCUCGGGCCACAGGUGGCACGCUGGCACCUUUGGCGUGGCGCAGGACGCUUUAAUCAGCAGUUACGCUGGCGUUGCUCAUUGCAGUGGCCGAGCUCGGCCUGGGUCUUGGGAACGUUGAGGGGUUUGAAUUUCCCCGACCGCCCGGCGUGCUUUUAGUGGGGCUGCCCUAAGCGCAUCCACAAAACCAGGAAAUCCCAAGAUUGCAUUUGCGCAGAUUGCAGCGCUUCCUCUUGAGAAAGGGAAGACAGCACAAACGCUAUCUUGGGAUUUCCUGGUUCUGUGGAUGUGAUCAGGGCAGUCCCACUGAAAGCAUUUCCGGGCUGCGGGGGAAAUCAACAGCCCAGACAACGACCAACGGCACACCUCAACACAAAGUCUGCAGGCAGCAGAAAUACAUUGUGCGCACUUUAGCAAUCUCCCCCAUGCUCAUGCUGUUGGAACCAAAUAAAACAUUAGGAUCGACCUGUGCCUUUAGCAGCAACGACCCCAAUGGCUGCAACAGCGUCAAAAUUGCGCUUCCUGUCUUCAUAGAUUUCAGCUGGCUGCAUUGUUGGCAGACGGGAAACGAAUCAGUGUGGAAGCCCAUGAAUCGAAUGUUGACCUUCCUUGCCAUUCGGGGAGGUCGUUCGCUUCUGCCGGCCGACGUUCUUUGAGACGCUCUUCUUCCAUGAAGGAUGCCAGCCAUGUAAAAAUCAGCAGUGUCUGCCUUCAUGCGAAGUUGACAAUGCUCUUGAAGUGUAUUGGCAGACCCUUACCUUUUGACCCCCGGCGGCGAGAUAGCAUAGUUGAUCUUUGUGACUGUACAGGCAAUUUGGGGCAUUCGGGGAGCGAAAGGAGCUUUGAGUGUCAGUCCAGUGCAAGGGCA